AGCCUACCUAGAUAGGAGAUGUCCCUUAGGUCCUCACCCCAGAUGCAUGCGGAUGAAGUGUAGUCUAUAGGCAUGCAUUCUGAAGGCAGGCUAUAUGAGUUCAAGCCUUGACUUUUUCAUCUCAGACAGAUCCCUUGAUUUCUUUGUGCCUCAGUUUCCUCAGCAAAAUAGGGGAUAAGAAUGCUACCUACCUCACAGGCUUGCUGUAAGGACUGAAUGCGGUAAUAUGUAUAAGGCCAUGGAAACAGUGCCUGGUACUCAGCAGGGGCUACGUUUCUGCAGGAGGUUCACCCCCGAGUGAUCAUGCCCUGUGCGUUCUUUGGGAGAUGAGGGGGCACCAUAAGACAGUCCCUUGCUAGGAAAAAUGUGACCAGAACAGGACUCGAGAACCAAGGGGCUCUUUCUGGUGCCUCUGAAGCCCUCAGACUGAUGCUCCAGUCCCCUGGCCUCCUUCCCCUCCUCCACUACCCCUGCUGUCUCCAUUCUAGCCAGGCCUGCAUCCUAGCCAGUCGCGGCCUCUCCAGCAGCUCCCCAAAUGUGCCCGAAAGGAUACUACCUCCCAGGCCCUCCCCUCACGGAACACAUCCACCUUUACCAACUUUUCCUGCACCAAAUCCACCCUGCCCCACUCUACAACUGGCAUUUGUGAAAGCGGAAGUCAGGCUGUAGGAGGGCCCCCAGGAACCCUGGGCUCCAGUCCUCAUUUCGCAUCUCUUUAUGUUAUGACCCUGAGCAAGUCUUCGUGCCUCUCUGGGCCCUUUCUUUUCACCCAUGGUAUACAACAUCCAUUUGCAGGGGAUGUCGUAAGGACAAGGCACUUAUGGGCAUAGGAGCUCCAGGUGGGCAAAAAAGCCGGUGCCCUCAAGAUAACGGUUCCAGAGCCAUCACAGCAGGUGGGGGUGGCCAGCCCCCUGUUCACCUCAGUUAUGUUUCAAACCUGCCUGUCUCCGGAGUUCCAGGCCCAUACCCCACAGGCACACCGAUCCACGCUGAUCCUAACAUUUUGUGCCAUAGGUCACUUUGGCGGUCAGAUGAAGCCUGUGGACGCCUCCUCAGGGUCAUGUGUUUAAGUGCAUAAAAGAAAAUACAUGAGCAUUCGAAGGAAGCAAGUUACACUGAAGUGUGAUUCUAUCCAUAGGCCCUUGGGGUGGGGGGUGGUCCUUGGUCGUCUGAAUGAGAACCCUUGUGUGGUUUCUCUAAAACAGGCUUACCUUGCCCUCUGCCCGCUCCCCUCCAAAUAAAGAACAACUUGCCUGUGCCGGUAUUUCAGCUCAUCUACACCAACACACGUUCUCACGAUGUACUUACUCUCUGUGACGUGACCUUAGGCAAAUCACUGUGCGCUUCAGUUUAUUGUUAGUAUUGCUUUGCUUGGCUGUGCUAAUGGCUGGCUUUGAGGGUGACUCACUGCCCGCGCUGGUGACUGGAGCCGCAGUGAGGCGAAUGGAGGAACUAUUCAGAGGCGGAGAGUAAAAGAAGGGUGAGUCAGGCCUCUGGGUGGUGUUCUGACCUUGGCACACAGUAGGGGCUGGAUGCAUGAAAGAGAAGUUGUAACUUCCAUGAAAGGUCCCACUGUUCCCGAGCACACUGGCGGCCCAGUUUUGUAUAAAGUUGCGGUAGUUCUCGUCUGUUAAUCAAAGCAAGCCUGCGUGAAUGGGCUCAUUUUUAAGAUCAGCCUUUUUUCAAGAAUUCCAUUCGCAUUCGCAACCGUGGAGAUGACCCCACUCUGGUGGAGAAACCGAGAAAAGAAAACAGGCCCGCCUGAGGUUCACAAGCGAGGCAACAGCUAAAUUACAAUGAAUUCGUUGAGUAAUUGAGGUAAAAUACUUGGCAGGCUUGGUGGUCUGCCCCAGGCUCCAGCCCAGGCUCCUCCUUAACCCGCCCCAUCCCGUCUUCCUGGACUCGUCCGCGGGGGCCGCCGCCACCCAGUCUCCCCUCCUCCGCUCAAUCUCGCUCCAGCUUCUGGUCCUUCGCCCGGCCCCCAGCAGGUGUUUCCCCGGUGGACACCGCCUCCAAAGCCGAAAUUCCUCCCUUCCUUGCGCGAACCCCGCGUUUUUAGGGCGGUUUACCCUCCCUUGGUCAGCCCUCUGGACCUCGGCUCCGCCCCUUGAGUGAGGCUCUGCCUCCAAGUUGCUUCCCAGACCCGGUUCCUUUCCUUCGCCCCCCGACCACCAGCUUCUGGGGCUGUGGCUCCGCCCCCUACCAGCUUUCUGGGCUGUGGCUUUCGCCACAGAUCUGCUUCCUGGGUUACGGAUUUGUCCCACUCCCGCCUCUCUGGCUCCUCCUCUCCCCUCCUGGGGCCCGCCCCCCGGGGCCGAAGGUCCCGCCCCCUCGGGACUGGCCACGUCUCUUAGGGUCUGCCUCCGCCCCUUUCAGCCCAGAUUUCUCUCACGCCCCGCCUCUAGGGCCGAGGCUCCGCCCUUCCAGGUUAGCCCCUCCUUCUGGAUUCUGGCCCCGCCCCCCACGCCCGGACUCCUCCCCUGCUCCCCUCGGGGCGGUGCUUCCGCCCCCACGGCCAGGGCUUUCUAGAGGCUUUGCAGUCCCGGGCCAGGCUCGGUGGCGGCAGAGGCACCGGGGAGCGUCAUGCAAUGCCUAGGAAUCCGCAGCCGGACCCGCUCCAGAGAGCUCUACCUGCAGGAGCAGAGCCUCAAGGUGGCAGCGCUCAAUGGGCAGAGGCUGGGCCUACAGGACGAUGAGGACCUACAGGUCCUGCUGAAGGGCAGCCAGCUCCUGAAGGUGAAGUCCAACUCAUGGCGGAGGGAGCGUUUCUACAAGUUGCAGGAAGACUGCAAGACCAUCUGGCAGGAGUCCCGCAAGGUCAUGCGGACCCCAGAGUCCCAGCUGUUCUCCAUUGAGGACAUUCAGGAGGUGCGGAUGGGGCACCGCACGGAGGGCCUGGAGAAGUAUGCCCGCGACGUGCCCGAGGACCGCUGCUUCUCCAUCGUCUUCAAGGACCAGCGCAAUACACUAGACCUCAUCGCCCCAUCGCCAGCUGACGCCCGGCACUGGGUGCAGGGUCUGCGCAAGAUCAUCCACCACUCGGGCUCCAUGGACCAGCGGCAGAAGCUGCAGCACUGGAUUCACUCUUGCUUGCGAAAAGCUGACAAAAACAAGGACAACAAGAUGAGCUUCAAGGAGCUGCAGAACUUCCUGAAGGAGCUCAACAUCCAGGUGGAUGACAGCUACGCCCGGAAGAUCUUCAGGGAAUGUGACCGCUCCCAGACAGACUCGCUGGAGGAUGAGGAGAUUGAGGCCUUCUACAAGAUGCUGACCCAGCGGGAGGAGAUUGACCGCACCUUUGCGGAGGCCGCAGGCUCCAGGGAGACGCUGUCAGUGGAUCAGUUAGUGACGUUCCUGCAGCACCAGCAGCGGGAGGAGGCGGCGGGGCCUGCGCUGGCCCUCUCUCUCAUUGAGCGCUAUGAACCCAGCGAGACGGCCAAGGCGCAGCGGCAGAUGACCAAGGACGGCUUCCUCAUGUACCUGCUGUCCGCCGACGGCAGCGCCUUCAGCCUGGCGCAUCGGCGGGUCUACCAGGACAUGGGCCAGCCGCUCAGCCACUACCUGAUGUCCUCCUCGCACAACACCUACCUGCUGGAAGACCAGCUCACCGGGCCCAGCAGCACCGAAGCCUACAUCCGGGCGCUGUGCAAGGGCUGCCGCUGCCUGGAGCUCGACUGCUGGGACGGCCCCAACCUGGAGCCGAUCAUCUACCACGGCUACACGUUCACCUCCAAGAUCCUCCUCUGCGACGUGCUCAGGGCUAUCAGGGACUACGCCUUCAAGGCGUCCCCCUACCCCGUCAUCCUGUCCCUGGAGAACCAUUGCGGCCUGGAGCAACAGCGUGUGAUGGCGCGACACCUGCGCACCAUCCUGGGCCCCAUGCUCUUGGACCGGCCGCUGGACGGGGCCACUACCAGCCUGCCUUCCCCUGAGCAACUGAAGGGGAAGAUCUUGCUGAAGGGGAAGAAGCUUGGGGGGCUCCUGCCCCCUGGCGGGGAGGGUGGCCCUGAAGCCACUGUCGUGUCUGAUGAGGAUGAGGCUGCUGAGAUGGAGGACGAGGCAGUGAGGAGCCGAGUGCAGCACAAGCCCAGGGAGGACAAGCUCAGGCUAGUGAAGGAGCUCUCCGAUAUGGUCAUUUACUGCAAGAGUGUCCACUUUGGGGGCUUCUCCGGCCCCGGCACCCCAGGGCAGGCUUUCUAUGAGAUGGUGUCCUUCUCUGAGAACCGCGCCCUCCGACUGCUCCAAGAGUCAGGAAACAGCUUUGUUCGCCACAAUGUGACUCACCUGAGCAGGAUCUACCCUGCUGGGUGGAGAACGGACUCCUCCAACUACAGCCCCGUGGAGAUGUGGAACGGGGGCUGCCAGAUCGUGGCCCUCAAUUUCCAGACACCUGGCCCAGAGAUGGAUGUGUACCAGGGCCGCUUCCAGGACAACGGGGCCUGCGGGUACGUGCUGAAGCCUGCCUUCCUGCGAGACCCGAACUCGACCUUUAACUCGCGUGCUCUGGCUCAGGGGCCCUGGUGGACCCGGAAGCGGCUCAGUGUCAGGGUCAUCUCCGGGCAGCAGCUGCCAAAAGUCAACAAGAAUAAGAAUUCAAUCGUGGACCCCAAGGUGACGGUGGAGAUCCACGGCGUGGGCCGGGACACGGCGAGCCGCCAGACGGCUGUGGUCACCAAUAACGGUUUCAACCCGUGGUGGGACACAGAGUUUGAGUUCGAGGUGGUUGUGCCCGAGCUCGCCCUCGUGCGCUUCUUGGUAGAGGAUUAUGACGCCUCCUCUAAGAACGACUUCAUUGGCCAGAGCACCAUCCCCUUGGGCAGCCUCAAGCAGGGAUACCGCCACGUCCACCUCUUGUCAAAGAAUGGAGACCAGCACCCUUCUGCCACCCUCUUUGUGAAGGUGUCUCUCCAGGACUAGGCUUGGGGAUUCUGGAGGCAGCUGCCCCAAGCCGGCCGGGCCCUCUGUCCACAGGUAGGGACAGGGCUGGUGUGGCUGCGCUCAGCCUCUCGCUUGGAGCUAGAGGCCCCGCACUGCCUUCAGCUCUAACAUACUGUCAAAGCUGCUGCCUCUCUGGGCUUCCAGGAGCUGGCCCAGUCCCUGGAGCUCUCUUCGAUUCCGUUAGGAAAAACACUGCAGCCCUCCGCCCUCUGGCCAGCCCCAGGUUGAGGGUUUUUAUAAAAAUUAUAAGACUGAG